AUGGACGUCGAAGACAGUAUAUGUGCUCUGCCAACCUAUUGGAAUCUUGCUUUCCCCGACUUGUUCAUUGCGGCUGCUCCUGAACCGGUUUAUGAUUUCUUCCAGAUCCAGAAAAUGGAAGAUUUUCUUGGCGGUUACAAGAUUGUGUUUUGUUCUAAUGGUGAAGAUUGCGUUGAUGUCGGGAUAUCUGUGGGCGGAGAUGGCGUUCGGCGUUUGGUUGUAGACUCUAAGCCAUUCGAGGUUGUGUUCGUAAAAGCUACUCAGACAAAGGCUUCGGCCAAUAAUAAAACUUAA